AUGGGUUGUUCAGCAUCUAAACCAUCUGAACCUUCCAACGCGAAGCUUCCAUCAGCUCCAGUUCCAAAGAAAGUAGAGCAAGUUCCAGAGCCAAAACCAGAGCCACAACCACAGCCAGAGCCACAGCCACAACCAGAGCCGCCGAAACCAGCUGAGCCAGCUCCAGCUCCUGCUCCAGCCCCAGAGCCACAGAAGCCAGCCGAACCAGCUCCAAAAGUUGUUGCAGUUGAAGAUGAUACAAAUGAAGCCUAUGGUCUUCUUCUUUGCGGUGCUGGUGAAUCUGGUAAGACAACAUUCACUCGCCAACUCAAACUUCGCUACCUCAAUGGAUUUAACGAGAAGGACUGCCGCGAUUUCUUAAGAACAAUUCGCGGUAACCUCGUUGAGACAAUGCAGCUCCUUCUUGUCUGGCUCGAGCACAACAACAUCGAAAUUGAGGACUCUGAAUUAUCAUCAAUGGCCCAGGAUAUCAUCGAUGUUGACCCACAGGAUUGCGAAUUCAACGAAGAGCUUGUUGAGAAGCUUAAGGCUCUUUGGGAGAACGAACAAAUCAAGAAGGCCUUCGAGCACAAGGACGAAACAGCUGUUCCAGACCACAUGCCAUACUUCUUUGCUAAGAUUGACGAACUUGCCGGAGAAGACUACAUCCCAUCCAACGAAGAUGUUCUCCGUGCUCGUAUCCGCUCAAUCGGUAUCGAAGCUAUUACAUUCGACCUUCAGGGCGCCAGAAUCAGAAUCUUCGAUGUCGGUGGUCAGAAAUCCGAACGUUCCAAGUGGGCCAACGUUAUGAACCAGGUCGAAGGUGUCAUCUUCUGCGUUUCCUUCGCCGAAUUCGACAAGCCAAUGUUCGAAGAUCAAAAUGUUCUUCGUAUCAACGAUUCCCUCGAAAUCUUCGGCAACAUUACACACCAAGAGAAGUUCUCCAACUCUCCAAUCUUCCUUGUCUGCAACAAGUUCGAUGUCUUUACAGAGAAAAUCAAGAAUACAGAUGCUUUCGUCAAAAUCUUCCCAGAAUUCUCUGGCGAUUCCCACAACCCAGAAGCUUGCGCUGACUACCUUAUCCAGAGAUUCCUUGAUAAGGCUGCUCCUCUUUCCGAAGACCGCCCAAUCAUCCAAUACAAGAUCGUCGCACUCAACGGUGACCAAGUCGUCGAAACAGCAGAUGCUAUCUGCAAGUUCAUUAGUGAUAAGUACUACCAGGAUGCAUAA